GGAGGCUGAUGCAAAUCAGACACGAUGUAGAGAACAUAAAACUGAAUUCUGUCCAAAUAAGAGUACAAAUGAAAAGUACAAUAGCCCAGAUCCUUUCAACAGAUCACAGUCACAGGAUCAUCUUACCCAGAUGGACAACUGAACACUUCGGAUGCACUUUUCAUACCUCCGUGUGACUAAUCCCACCCAGCUAGCAGAACACUAACUAGAGCUGCAAAGAUUGAUCUUACUUAACCUGACCCGAUGGCGCUAGGAUCUGUGUCUGCAUGCAAACGUGCGACUGCAACUUCUUUGAAACUACGCAAUUAAUUAUAAGCCGCCAAAGGAGUUAAACAGGCCAAUACAAGAUCACAGUUUGCCUUGGAAAGGUUUGUAGAAUUUUACACGGUUUCUUUUCACAUAUAAUCAGGUGCAUCGAAUUGCGCGUUAGACACUUAAUUUCGUAACACUUAUCUUUUUCAUUCCUAAAACAUACCAGGUAAUCUAAUGCGUCACGCACCGGGCUCUGCAAGAAUUACGUUUAAAACAAUGAUUAUCACACUAUGAUUUUUACAUUAACAUUCUGCCCCACCUACUGAUCGGGUCGCCACGUUCUCUCACGUUCACUUAUAAAUAAAUACUUUCGUUGCUUAUUGGAUUUCUGUUUUGUAUUCGUUGUUUGGUUUCGUCAUGAAUCACAGUACGUAAGCCGUAACUUAAAGCAUCUUUAAACGGACAUUCGAUGCUGACUUAUUGGGCAAGAUUCCUUCUAAGCUGUGUUAAACGCAAUUAAGGUAAAUACCACUGAAAUUGCUAAAUUAUGUGUAUAUUAAAAUCAGUGCAGAAGACAUACGUCUAAACUAUACUCCCAAAAAUCCAGACAUUACUACAAUCGUUUCAAGAUCUGCGCUCGAUUGCUCUGGUCUGCCUGAAAUGCACGAAUUCGGGCAUCAACUCUCUAGCCUAUUUUGGGCGUAAAGAAGAAACAUGGCAACAUUGAGGGAGGAUAGCAGCAACUUUAUCCUGCACUGUGCGACCUGAAGAAAUAAUAUUAUUAAUAAUAUCAAUAAUAAUACAUAACACCUGUCGCUGACGCGUGAUUUAAAUCGGCUGAUUGGUUUCAUCUGUACGAUUGCCGUCUAUUGUGCCUAAGCUAGCCCGUCAGCUGGCAGCUUGUUUGGGUUUUUUUUUUUUUUUUUUGUUUUAAUAAACUUUCGCCGUGCCGAUUUCACAAAUGAACGGGCAUGGGAAUUCGGAUGUAAACAAGUGACUGUUCACCGCCUGCACCGUUACAUUAGAAUGCCAUGUAGGGGGUCUUUUAGAAACAACGUUAGAACUGACAUAAUAGGGUAAAAUGUUUGCCGUAUCAUCAUCAUUUGACGGCUAUGUAGCUGAUUCUUUCACUGCUAGGACAUGAUAGUUUUGCUGUGCUGCGGAUUCACAGUAAUGCACUCCCAUGCAAGGCGCCUUAACUAAACCCCACGGAGACAUUCGAAAGUGAAACUCCUCCGUCUUCACUGCUAACUGAACCGGGCCGAAAUAAAAUGGGUAUGAUUUACUUAGUGUUUUGCGCUUUUCGGAAAUGUCUGGACGUCCUGUGCCUCCUGUUGGAUGUGAAUCUCUGGAUUAUCACCUCCCUGUUCCGGCUAUUUGGUGGCCUCCUCUGCCUCCUGCAUGGUCUGCCCGCCUUGCUCAGUAGCUCAGCGGCUGGAUGUUGGAACCUGAUGCUCUUCUGUGCGCUCACUGCGUCUGAGGGGGUGACCAGUGUGGCCCAGGGCUCCCUGCAGCUGCUGUCCGGAUUGCUGCAGAUGCUGGGCGGUGUGUCGGAGAGCUGCAAGAUGUUGGGCCAUCUGCUGUCACAUGUUCUGCUGCGGGCCCGGGAGCUGCUGCACCGCGGGCUGCUGUCGGGGCACUCCGUGCUACGGCAGGCGUGGGAAGCCUGCAGCAUCCUGCUCAGCCUCCUGCUCUACCUGGUUAACACCGUGGUGAACCUGCUGCUCAUCGGCACACAGAACUGCCUGGCGGCCGUAGCCAGUGCCUGGGACACAGUGUCGGGGCCCCUGCAGGAGGCACUGGAACUCAGCAUCACCCUGCUCACGUUCCUGCACAGCAGUCUAGUGGGCACCUCUGUCCUGCUGUGGACCCCUUGCCAGCUGGCCCUGGAGUUCCUGAGCUCCCUCGGCCACAUCCUGGCCACUGUCUUCCUGCUCAACGCCUACGGCCUGCUGCUCACCGCCGCUGUCGUCACAGUGGCCACCAUCUACUUGUGCCCCGGGCCAGUCCGCCUUGGAGCCAACAACGUGCCCCCCAUGCGCCGCCUACAGAGGGCGCUCUACCGACUCUACUUGUUGGCGCUAGAGCGGGCACAGGCCACCCUGGAGGUGACCAUUUGGCAGCGGACACCCUGGCCGGGCAGUCAGCUGGGGGCGAGGAUGCCCCAGACUUCCGGGGGUGACCGAGGGGGGAGCAACAGAGACCCACCAAACCCAGAGUCGACCGACAGCCUAGCUGGCAACACCCAGUUCCCCAUGGACCAAUCAGGACAGGAAGGCGGAGACGGCGCAGUGCCACAGGUGCCGCCACCAGGCCAUAGUGCGUUGGACUCCCCCUUGGGCCCGCCUGGUAAGGACAGGCAGUCGGAGGGUCAGAACAUGCCUCUUCAUACCGAUUCGGCCGCCAGCCUGCUCACACUGCUGAAGGAGCACGAGGAGCGCAAGAAAUGUGUGAUCUGCCAGGACUGCGUCAAGACUGUGCUGCUGCUGCCAUGCCGCCACCUGUGCCUGUGCCGCGGCUGUGCUGACAUCCUGCUGCAGCAGGCCGCCCACCAGCACAGCUGCCCCCUCUGCCGGCACGCCAUCUUGCAUACCAUGGACGUCUACCUCUGACGGGACUUCUGGGGGAGUGCCGGCAAGUGAAAGAAGAUUCCUGUCUGAAGAUGGCGGCACCGAUUGCAGGGCUAAACCGCUAUGCUAAGUAGUUCCUGCGCUAAUCCGUGAUUCGGGACACUGACAGGAAUACAUGUGUCUCUUACUGGGCUUUUGCCUGCAAGAUUUCUUUGGUUCCUUUUUGGUUUAUGUGUGUCAGAAGCAGCCUCCAUUUGAUGUUUGUGAAGCUGGGCAUUCAGGCUUGGCCUUCCUAGCAUUCGCACUACACAGAGCACACUAUGGCUGCACCAGUGUUUAUCUGUCAGGACGUACUGGUGCCAAAGAGACAGAUUGAACUUCAUUUCAGUUCCCGGUGAUAGUGCACUUCUUUAUAUUUUCUUCCCUCUAGCAGUAUUACUGAGGCACCACUGGAGUACAAGCUGUACAUCUCAGCCGUACAAUGUGUGUUUGUUUUUUGGUUAAAUGUUAUUUUUUUAAAAACUUUGUUACUUUGUUAGUUCUGUACGAUUAAUGGACUGAAGCCAGGUAGAAGGACUUAACUUCUAAUGACAGAAGCAGUACCAUUGUUUUGGGUCAAGAUAAGAGACUACAUCCAUUUAUGUAUA